GGAAGGAUUUCCUAUUCAACCUAGUCAAACUGGAUUCUGUAAAGUUUACCACCUUACUCCUCUUCUCUUAAAUAAUCGUGAUAAAAGGGGCCUUGCCCUUGAUGGCAAACUAAAGCAUGAAGAUACAAAUUUAGCUUCAUCAACUAUAAUGACAGAAAAGAGUCAAAAAGAAAGUUUGGGCAUUGUUGUAUCAUACAGAGUGAAAGUUAAACUUAUCAUGGGAUUUGGAUCUGGGGAACUUGCUGUGGAGCUGCCAUUCACUUUGACUCAUCCCAAACCUCCUGAUUCACCUACCCCAUCUAGAUCUGCUAGCAUUGCUCCACCAGAAGGUGGAGAUGCUCCUGUUGACACCAAUCUCAUACAGUUGGAUACAAAUGGUGAAGCUUUCUACGGAGAUAAGGAUGAUGAUUUUAUUUUUGAAGAUUUUGCACGUCUACGCUUAAAAGGACAUGAAGGAGAUGAUACAGAAGCUUAGAGCAACCAUAAGCAUGUUUUUAAUCAGAAGAAAUGUAAUUUUAAUGGUACUGCUUAGUUCUACGUGGAAGUAGAAAUAAUACUUUUCUUUGCUUGAUAAUUACAAUGAUCAUGUAAUUUUGCAUAUAUUUAACAGUAGAGGGUUAAAGUAUGUAUUAUACUCAUCUCAUUAUGGUUUUUUUUUAAGCAUAAUGCUACUAAUUAUUAAUAUUUAGACAUAAAAUUAUUUAACAAGAACCUUUUACCAAAGAAAAUAUUACAUAAUGAGUUGCAUUGCUAACAUUAGUAAUAUAUCAAGUAUUUUAAAUGAAACAUAAAUGUAAUCUAAAGAAACUAAUUUAGACAUGGGUGUGACUUUACUGAUUGUUAGCAAAAAUCCAAUUUUUCCGUUUCAGGUGCAAUUUUCCUCCACUGAUUUUAUUUUCUCGUAAUUAUUCCGAUAAUUUUCUAAUUUUGUUGAUUUUUUUGGAAGCUUUAAUAAUUCUGAAAAAAAAAUUUUAGAUUUAAAAUGUUGUUUAUAAGGUAAAUUGCAAUUAGACAAGACUUUCAGUGUUAUUUUAGAGUAACAUAAACUACUUUUAUAUAAAAUAUUAGCUAUAUUAAAGAAUUAAUUAGUUCACUAAUGAUGUGAGAGUGCUUUAAUUGCAGUAAAAAAAAGGUAAACAUUAAAUUAUUGUGCAGAAAAAGGUCCCAUUUAUUUUCAUUGUCAGUCCACAUCCCUGUUUAGAUUUAUUUGGUUAAAAUUAUUACACUAUGUUUUCCUGUCCAUAAACUCUUGGAAUGAUGAGAAUAAUCAGAUCCCUACUUGUAUAUCAGACUUUUUUAACCUUCAAAAGUGAUUAAAAAAUCUCAAAAUAUUUUUUUUUAAUCUUAGAACGUUUCAAGAUAAAUUAUACAAGUAGAUACUACUUUGCUAGACUAAGUUGAAAAAGAGUAGGCCUACUUCAUAGUUAGAAAUUUUAAAUUUUUGUCAAACAUUAUGUCCUUUUUUGAUGUAUCAAUAUAUUUUUUUGUAUUAAGGGUAUGGGCGGAGGAUGAAAACCAAAAUAACCAAAAUGCUUGAGCCGACCCGCGACGUAGCAUAUUUAGUUGUUUUACUUUCUAUUUUUCAGUAAUUCAUAAUUUGUGAAUUCGACCUAUGCUGCGACUGAAAAUAUUUUCCUUAAAAACACUAUAAGUAUAAGUACGCUGAAAAUUUCAUAUCAUUGACAUGGUGGUGGCAGCCAUCUUGGCUUGAUUUAUUUUUACUAUUUUAAUACUAAAAAAAACUAAAAUUGUUUAAAAUUUUCUCUAGUAAAUCUGUAUACAUAUACCAACAAAACUGAUCGAAUAAAUUUUUGAAAAUAUGUAUGGUUUUUCUAUUACAGUUAAAAUGGUGUAUUUUAUGCACAAAUUUCAUUUUAACUUUCUCGUAUACAAAGUAUAGACUAUAGAGAAAGUAUUGUAAUUAUGCACACAAAAAAAAGUCGAGAUUUUUGCAAAUCCUUAUGUUUUACAUCUCCCUGAGUCGGAAAAACAUAUUUUUGCAAUUUGUCCGUAUGUAUGUGUGUUUGUGUCUGUAAACAAGAUAACUUGAGUACCAUUAGAUGAAAUUUCAUAUAUAAGUAUUAUAUCAAAUUUGUAGAUCCUUAUCAACUCUUCAGCGAUUUCCGAUAACCGGAAGUGGAACUUUUUCCACUUUCAAUUUUUCAUAAGCCUAUAAUUUGAGUACUAUUCCAGAUAGAUAAUGAAAUUUCACAUGUAAGUAAAAGAUCUAAUUCUCUGCCUUCUUUCAAACUUUGAGUAAUUUCCAUUGACCGGAAGUAGUAAGUUAGGCUAUUUCCGAUUUCUCAAAAAAGGAUGUGAAUUUAUAAAGUACUAAUAAUAUUCCGCACUAUUAUACACAUUUUAUUUGGCGUUCACUUGGUGUUCAAUUCUUUUUUCUAAGAGAUUCUAUUCUAUUUUAAAAAGUUUGAGUAAUUAAAAAUAUUAGUCUAUAUCCCAAGUUGCUAUCCCCCGUAGUGUUACAUACGAAUAUUCGAGAAAGUUUAGGGGAGAUCACUCCAGGUUUACUUUAAAGUGAUUUUUAGAAGAAAAAGUUUUAAAAACCAAAGUAUUUUAAAAUUUAAAAAUGUAAUCUAUCACGAUUAUUACCACCAUGUAUCGCUAUACUCCUGCAAGUUUUUAUUGAAUUCACUUAAGCCAUCUUUGAGUUAUUUUGAUGUUAAAAAAGUAAAUAAAAUAUAAAAUAGCAGACAUCCCCAUGGCAAUGACAUGAAAUUUUCGACCACUUUUUAUUUUUAGACUUAACUCUUUGACUCAUAACUAUAUUAAGUUAAGAAAUAAGCAUUUUGGUUAUUUUUGUUUUCAUCCCCAGCCCAUGUCCUUAACCCAUGUUUGUAUUGCUAUUCAAUAUUUUUAUUCAUGUAGUCACAUAUCUUGGUGACCCUUUGUAAAUAAGACAAAAAAAUUAUUCACUAAAGUCUUAUAAUUAUGUGGUCUAUAAUAUUAUAGACCAAACGUGCAAUUUUAUGGGGUCACUUUUAUACUAAAAUAAUGCUUCUAUUAGUGAUAGCUCAAGAUGUACAUAAACAUCUGAUGAGGCUUGGAGUUUCUUAAGUACCAAUUUUUCUGUUGUGUAAGAUGAGACUACCCCACAAACUUUUCCAGUUUAAUAAUAAAAAAAUACCUGUCAAAUAAGAUGACCCCCAUCUCUUAAGUUUCCUGGGUUGAAAAGUCACCUUAUUUGUAGCAAAAUAUGGCAAUGAAAUUACAUUGUAUUGUACCACACUGUCUUUGCUUGUGCUGACACUAGCCGCAGUCACUUACAUAUACAAAUGAAAAUAUAAAAAAAUAAAAUAAAAUGCCAUUAAAAAAUUGUAUCAACACUACAUAAAAACCUGCCAGUAACAAACUAGAAUUUACUGUUAGAUAUUUAUGCAAACAUGCACAAAUACAAUGUGUAUGUAUAAAAUUUUCAUUUUCAAUUACAAUAUUCUUAAAUGGUUUAUAAAGUCAUGUAUUCUUAGUCUACUGUGUACCCUGUCUAAUGUUUAACAUCCAUGGACCAUCAAUAUUACAUAUUUCCAUUGAACACAAGCCCUAAAUUAUUUAACAUAUUUAGGCAGACACCCCACAAGACAAUUUAGUACCAUAGAAGUUGAAUCUCACAAAUUAUUGGAAAAUACCUGCUUAGUUUAAUCAGAAACUAGUGUAAAUCCUUAUAUUUGGGACAAAAUGUUUUAGUUAGCACUCAAAACUUUCACAACCAUCCAUUCUCAGUAGCAGAAAUGUUAAGAAAACAAGGAACAAGCACUUUUAUUUAUUUCUCCUCACCAUCCUAGUAGUAUAACACAAUUUUAUAAUAAACCCCUUUGUAUUAAAAAUAUGUGCAUGAUUCCUAACCAUUAAUUUUCUUAAUGUCCAUAAUAAAGCCUUAUAUUUUGAUAAUAUUUGAGCAUGAUCAGAAAUGAAUAGUCAAUGAUCGUGCUAAUUAUUUAGUUAAGGCAAAGUCAUGACAUGUUAUAGACAUUUUAUUUUCUUUCUCCCCUCAUCAAGUAGAGAUAUAAAAAAAAAUGUUUUAAAACAUUUUGUUGUGUAUGUCUACAUGGUCAUAUAUAUAAUUGUAUACAUAUAUAUACAGAUACACAUACAUUUUAUAUAUAUACACACAUACAUAUAUACAUGCCUAUACAUAUAUAUAUUUAUAUACAUAUAUACACACACAUCUGAGCAUACAGACAUAUAAAAAGUGUUUGUACAUCUAGAUAACUGUGUAGGUAUUUAAUCCUAGUCAUAAAUUUGUCAUUUAUACAAUGCCAAGGCUGAAGCUAUUUUAGUUUAUUUUAUUUAUGUCCAAUGAUUGAAAGUGAUUGAGGGUUGUUCAGUAACCUAUAAGUAUCAGUAAAAAAAAAUUUUAACUAUUUAACAAAAUUUAAAAAAAAACCUGAUUAAAUAAAUUAACUUUUAAAGCGCAUUUUCAUUUCAUCAAUUGCCAUCAAUAAUAAAAAUUAUUUUAAGCUGGCAAUUAGGACCACUUAUUCUUUACUACAAUACUUGCAAUCAAAAAAGUUUAUUUUGGGAAAUGUUUUUUCUUGUCACACAUUUUUGUCAUUCAAAACUAUCUGAAGCAAAAAUUUUGCCCAACGAUUUUUACUUGGCAUGGUGGUAGAGAGCUUGACUGCUAACCUGUAACAAUCUGCGUUCAAGUCAGUAGACCCGAGUCCACCCAACUCUGAUGGGUACCUAACUCAUGUUAGGAUAAGUAAAGGUGGCUGGGCAUAGUGCUGACCACACUAUCCCUUCAUAUGUCGAGGUCACAGAAACACAUGAACUCUACUUCACUUGCCCCUAGACCUUACCUUUACUUUGCUAAAAGCAGUAAUGAUGUUUUAAAAAGAAUAUUAAUGAUGGCUGCAAUCUACCUUUCAUUUUUUCUAAUUGGUCAUCUUAACCUUUUGCCUGAAAAAGAGCUUUCCAGAAAUCUAUAGGCUAGGUUGGGUUAAUGUCUCCUUAUAAAUAUAAAUUAUGGUAAUCCAUUUUCAAGUGUUCUUUGCAUGGCCUUUUUAAGGGGGGGAGGGGGUUUUAUCUGUUAAUUUUAGCCUGGUGAUUCCAGAUGAGGGCCUCUAUUGUUAACAGGCUUCUCUUUUUACUUCUUUUGCUGUAUGAUUAAACCUUUGUUUUUUUUUUCUUUUGCUUACUGGUUGAAUAACACAGCUUACAAUUUAUCUUACUAAAAAAAUUUUCACAAUUUAAAAAAAAAAGAACAAAAUUUGAUUCCAUGUCUUUAAUCAGUUAUACUGAAUCAAAAUCAAACUAAACAUUUAAAAUGAAAUAAUAAAGUUUGCUUUAGAAGUAUAUUUUGACUGUCGUACUGUUUUAAUUUUAUAAAUAUUUUAGUUACUAAAAUACCUACUUUCUUUAAGGGAACAAAAUAGAAACAGAUUGUUACAAGGUUUCUUCAAUGAAACUUUUUAAUUUGAAUCUUCUAAAACUUUUAUGCAGUUAUCAGGGAGGUAUAGUUGAUCUUGACACAGACUCUGAGAACAAUGAGACUUAAUGUUUGCGCUUACUGUUUCUAUAUUAUGUGUAAGUAACUCUUAGAAAUUAUUUUAGUGCAAACACAAUAUUCCUUUAGUAAAGAUAUUACACCUUUAUAAAUUACUUAGUAACUACAGUUGUUUUCCUAAAACUUUUACAAAAAAAGAAAAAUCUGUGUUAGUAAGGUAAAAAUAUUUAUUUGAAAAGCUACACUAAUUAAAGCACUUGAUAUAUCUUAAACAAAUCCGAGCAUUUAGUCUGACUUCGUUUGACUUAGCAUGUUAAUUAAAAUAUCUCUUUGAUCAACAAUCCUAUCUUAAUUCUGACAGUAAUACAAGGUAAGCAAUAAUAAAUUUAUAAUUAUUUCGUAAUAAUUAUUUUGUUAUGGCUAUCUAUGAAAGAUACCAUUUUAAAAUGGUAUUAAAAAAGGUUUUUUUUUAACGUUGAACAAAAUUAUAAAAUAAAUUAUUUCAGUAACUUGCUAUAGGAAAUGCAAAUGUAAUAAAUAUUGCUUUUUUUUCUUUUGUAAACAAUAAAAAUCUGUUUCCUAAAAAGUAAAUUAAUCAUGAGCUGAAUAGGGUGUUCAGGUCCAUGUGGCCAUACUAUUGUUAAACUUAAUUUCAUACCACUGACACAAAAUGUUAUUUGUAUGCCAAGUGCAUUUAAUAAUAUGCUUGGCUUCAUCUGAGAAAAACAGCUCAACUUUCAACUAUAUAUAUAUAUAUAUAUAUAUAUAUAUAUAUAUAUAUAUAUGUACAAAUUAGAUUUUUUGUGGACAUCAUUGUUAAUCCCUUAUCACCUCAAUAUCUAUCUUUAAAUUCAGUUUUUGCUUUUUCUCCUCUUUUAACUUUGUGUAUGUGUAACCUGUUUGGAAUGUUGGUUUACUCCUCAUGUUAAUCUGUGAUAUGAUCACGUGGGUUUUUGUUUAUUCAUCAUACUUUCAAGAGGAGUACCUGUAUUAUUACAUCACUAAUGGUACAGACUGAUCAUUGAUUUUUAUUGUUUUACAAAGUUAGGGAUUUUUAGGAGACGAUUGGCUAAUCUUUUUUUUUUUUAAAUCCAAUGACUUUUAGUUAUGGUGGCACUUUUGUUUUAUAUUUUUAAUUGUUAUAUAUGCUCAGAAUUUUCAUGCAAGAAGAUUGGCUUUCAAUAUUAAAGCCAUCUGGAAAUCUGGUUUUUUUAAGUGCUCAUUUUUGUUUAAACACAUUCUUAAACUGAAAAUAUAAUUUUUAUUUAUUAUCAAUAAAGUAGGUGUCUCUAAACUAAUAAUCUGUUGUGUUAUGCAGUAGAUAAAGCAAUGUGAUUCAACUCUAACUUUUAGAAAUAUUUGUAGACAUUAAUAAAACUUCUUGUCAUUUUGUCUAGUGUUCCUCUCUCAUUCAAAUUAUAACAUCUUUUAGUAAAGAUGUAUUUUAUACUACAUGUUUAAAAUGUUAUAUUAUUAUUUGUGUUUACUGCUAUUUAAGUAAAAACUGGCUACAUAUUUAAGAUUUAAAACAACAAAUCAAAGUGCAAUAAAGUUGCAGUACUUGUGUU